ACAAAUUAUUUCAGCUGCAGCAGUCAAACAUAUUAAUAGAGAUAUCCACAGCAAUUCAUACAACGGUAGCUGUGUUAUCAAUGCUAACAAUAAUCAAAGUAGUAGUAAAAUUCUAGCGACAACAAACAACAACAAAACUAUCAUCACUGAGAAGAACAAAAUAGUUAACGAUCACAAUAAUGUAAUUGAUGAUAAUGCUAUUCUGGAGGAAGACCUAGACCCUGCUACUGAUAACAACAUCUACAUUAACAAUCACAAUAACAACAACAGUAAUAAUAAAAAUAAUAACAUUAACAAUAAUAACAACAACACUAAUAAUAUUAUGACGAGUUUUAGCCAUAAUGUUAGCAGCAAAGACAGUAGUGUUUCAAUCAGAAGAGACAACAACAACAAUAACACAGAUGGAUAUGCUGAUAAAAGUAAUAUUAACAAUAAUGAAAGUAAUAAUACAAUUAAUAAUAACAGCGUCAUCAUUAAUGUUGAUAAUGAUAAUGAUGGUGAUAAUUUUUAUCCUGAUAAUGAUGAUGGCACUGUCAUAGUUAAAAAAGAGAAUGCAGUGGAUGAAUCAGGUGACACAGUUCUCCUUCCAACCCCAUCGAGUUCUCCAUCGCGAGUCGGAGAUGGGGAGGACGAAGCAAGCAGCAGGAGAUUCCAUCAGCAGUGCAGAAGUUCAUCAAUCGAUAUUCCAGUCUUUCCAAAAAUUUUGUUCUCCGUUGGGAACCAGGCUCCAGAUGCAUCAAACUGGCUGGUAGAGGAUGUCUACAACUACUUCAUCAAGGCUGGAUACCCGAAGCAGGCCGAGACCUUUAAAAAUGAGGAAAUUGACGGGAGAGCCUUGCUACUGCUGACCAGAGCAGACGUGUUGACGGGGAUGGGGUUCAAGCUAGGGCCCGCCCUCAAGAUCCACGCCCACAUUCAGCGGCUCGUUGACGCCAGUUCAUCAUCCACGUCAUCAUCCACUUUUUAAUCCGUUUUAUUCAUUCAUUGGAUUGAGUGAUUGACUGCUUGAUUAUUAUGAUUAACAGCUUACUCCCUUGAGAGAUGAUUGAAAUAAUACCGUAACGAGGAUUUGAAUUUUAAUUUAUGAUUUAAAAACUUCAAUAACUUAUUUAUUAUGUUGAUAAUUUUUGUAAUGUUCAAAUGUUAUUUUAUUUUAUGUUGACUUGUUAAUGAAUUCCCCAUAUUUGAUGCUAAUAUA